AAGAAAUGCCUCAAAUUCAGAAUUUUCAUUCAUCUCGCUUACCUACUAAAUAUGAGAGACUCUUUUGGAGCAUAAGUUUCCUGACAAGCGCCACUCUCGCCGCUUACUUAUUGUCAGCUCAGUUUUCCAGAUUCAUUGAAGCACCAACCGUAAUGAGCGUAGAAAUGGACUAUUUUAAUUGGAACGUGUCGUAUCCAGCCUUCACCCUGUGCCCCUAUUUGAAGACUACGGAUGCUUCUUUUGGAAGACUGUUAAACAAAACCUUACUGAGGACUGGACGAGAUUUGGAAGCUUAUUUAUUCGCUAUCGUUUCUGCUGGAAUGGACUCGUUAGACGCUUUGGACUUGCAACUGGAAAAACCUGAAAUAUUAUCGUUAAUAGAUCCAAAUGAAUACGCAAACAUAGCAUCCUCUGCAUUUCGAAAUUUCGACGACGAGUUGCUAACGACGAACAUGGAUAUGCCUGUCACUAUCACCAACGUUAUGACUGAACUUGGAAUGUGCCACGUGAUUAACUCUAAUGUUGGAGUCUUCGAUAAUCCUUUCAAAUGGUACAGCGAUAUAAAAUACAGGAAAACUAAUAUCGAAAUAUCAGUUUACGAAAAAGAUUUCUUCACUCAAAUAAUUAAUUACGCCGAAGUAUAUAAGGUUUUAAUCCACAGUCCAGAUGAAAUAGCCCUCAGCACAACACCUUCAUAUUCUCAUUAUCUUAAAGGAUUCUUAACGUUUGGUAUACAAGUGUCGAGCAUAAGGAUAUCUGACAAUUUAAGAACAUCUGGAAUAGGUCUUAGGAAAUGCAGAUUUACCAACGAGCCUAUAAGCAAGAGAUAUCCUGUGUACUCUUAUAACCACUGUCUUUUGGAAUGCAGGAUUCAAAUGAUAUUAAAACUGUGUGGGUGCAUUCCCCAUUUUUAUAAAGCGAUAGAUGACGAAAAAAUAUGCAAUUUGGGUGAACUAAGCUGCGUGGUAAAGUACAAGAAAGAAAUUCUAACUCUGUCUGCUUCCGAAGAAACACGGCAAAAGUUUAAUUACAAUGAACGCCUACCGAAAAACAGCAGUGAUUGCGGAUGCCUUAGCAAUUGCGAAAUUGAUAUUUAUCAAAAAGAAGACGAGAGUUUGAGAAUGGGUUCCGGAAACGAGCGGAAUUUGACAUUUAAUGACUGGCUUUAA